GCUCCAGAUAGCUCCUGGAUCAACGACCUCCCAUCGAUCAUGCCGAUCAAUUACAUCCUGCUCGUGUCCAGGCAGGGCAAAGUCCGACUCGCCAAAUGGUUCACGACGAUCUCUCCAAAGGCAAAGACAAAGAUUGUCAAGGAUGUCACCCAGCUCGUCCUCGCUCGGCGGACUAGGAUGGCCAACUUCAUUGAGCACAAAGAUACCAAAGUGGUGUAUAGGCGGUAUGCCUCGCUCUUCUUUGUCACGGGUAUCGGCGCAAACGACAAUGAACUGGCGACGCUCGAGAUCAUUCAUCGCUAUGUCGAAGUGCUAGACCGCUAUUUUGGCAACGUCUGCGAGCUCGACCUGAUCUUCAACUUUCAAAAGGCAUAUGCAAUCCUCGACGAGCUGAUCAUUGCCGGCGAGAUGGAGGAAUCCUCGAAAAAGUCGGUCCUGCGCGCUCCUGCAUUGCCCGAGCAAAACGCCAUAUUGCUCCUCUCAACUGUCGCAGAAUCGGGAAAGAGAUGCUCACAUGACAAUGGAUGCGUCUCCACGAGCCAGCAACGCCUGCAUGCGAUCAUCGCAGUGUACAUACCUGCCUUCUCAGCAAGCAUGUUGUAUGACCGUCGAAUCAUUGUAUCACGUGCAGUCGCCCAUUGGCAGCAUUCGGCUAUCAGUACAUCGUAG